CCAUCCCCGUCUCCAGUCCAACCCACGCCCUUCCUUCGACCGCCCGACAACAGCCAUCUUCAUCUCCAUUCGCUUCUCUUUCAUUAAUCCGCCAAUUCUCUUCCCGCCAUCACCUGCUUUUUGGAAUAAGUAGCCCCCAACAAGUUCGCAAUCAUGUCGACCAUGGGCCCUGCCACCGUCCACCCCGAGACCCACGUCGGUUUCGACAGCAUCACCUCCCAGAUUGAGCGCAAGCUGCUCAAGCGCGGCUUCCAGUUCAAUGUCAUCUGCGUUGGCCAAACCGGCCUCGGCAAGUCGACCCUCAUCAACACCAUCUUCGCUUCCCACCUCAUCGACUCCAAGGGCCGCCUCCAGCCCGACGAGACCGUCCGCUCCACCACCGAGAUCCAGUCUGUUUCCCACAUCAUCGAGGAGAAUGGCGUCCGUCUCCGCCUCAACAUUGUCGACACCCCCGGCUACGGCGACAUGAUCAACAACGACCGCUGCUGGGAUCCCAUUGUCAAGUACAUCAAGGACCAGCACUCUGCCUACCUCCGCAAGGAGCUCACUGCCCAGCGUGAGCGCUACAUCCAGGACACCCGCAUCCACUGCUGCCUCUUCUUCAUCCAGCCUUCGGGCCACUCGCUCAAGCCCAUCGACAUUGUCGUCCUCAAGAAGCUGUCGGAUGUCGUCAACGUGGUGCCCGUGAUUGCCAAGUCGGACUCCCUUACGCUGGAAGAACGCCAGGCCUUCAAGGAGCGCAUCAAGGAGGAGUUUGCCUUCCACAACCUCAAGAUGUACCCCUACGACAACGACGAGCUUGACGAGGAGGAGCGCUCCCUGAACCAGCAAAUCAAGAGCCUCAUUCCCUUUGCCGUCGUCGGUUCCGAAAAGAGCAUCGUGGUUAACGGCAAGCAGGUCCGUGGCCGCCAGAACCGCUGGGGCGUGAUCAACGUGGAGGACGAGAACCACUGCGAAUUCAUCUACCUCCGAAACUUCCUCCUCCGCACCCACCUCCAGGACCUCAUCGAGACCACAUCCCAGAUCCACUACGAAACCUUCCGUGCCAAGCAGCUAUUGGCCCUCAAGGAAAGCAGUGCGCAGGGACACAGCAGCAGGCCAAUCAGCCCGGCUGCGGAUCGCGAGAUGAGCCGCAACUCUCAACGCAUGACCAUGAACGGCUACUAGGAGAAGCCCAACAACAAUCAAUGAGGACAGCAAACUUGACGGAGAGUCGGCACGCAACACACUGCAAUCCCCCGAUAUAGACGAACGACGACCGAUACGCCCUCGGGGAUAUGGGGGGCAGAACGAAAAAGGCUUUGUUUGGGUCGGGAAACAAGCGACGGCGCAAACGGGAUGCAAUGCGUUUAUUCACUACUGCCACGUCUUGUUGGUGAUGGUUAUUUCGGUGGAGCGGACUUCUUAACCCCCUAAUUUCAUUUUUAGUACCGGAAGCUCCUUUGCAUAUCUGCAGCUUUUGGGCCGACUUUCCACUUUAAUGAGGCCUUGUCAGAGAGUAUGCACUUGAGGGCCAGAUUCAAUAUUUUUACGGAAUACAUACAGAUGUGCCGAGAAAGGCGGAUGGGAGCUUUCCAGGGGAGGUCCGAGGCAGAGCAGUUUAGAGACGAGGUUCUUGGGCCAGCUUAAUUGUAGCCAUGUUGUUUUAUACAGAUGUUCAAUACCCGGCUUAUUACGUACUUGCCGCUUUGGUUUCUU